AUGAGCGCAAUCACAUCAACCAAAACUGUUUUCACAUGCGUUUGCGGAAACAUCUCUGUUAUAACGAAAAAAAUCUGUGAAGAGUCUGAUUUGAAAUAUCAGGAACAAAGUGAAUGGAAAAUGCCCAUUUGUUCACAACAAGCACUUGUAACAGUGAAGUACCCAGAACUUCAGAAAGACACUUCUCUAACACAGAAUGUCUCUAUGUUGAGUUGCACUCUUUGUGGAACAGAGGUUUGCCAACACACUCAUUUCAAAAUGUUCAAAGAAGCAUCAGUGAAGGUCAAUCCUCUUUUAAGAAAUGUCGAUAGUCUUCGUAAGAACAUGAUUUACUCGGAGACGUUUGGCGUUUGGAUUGAGAUCAGUGACACGGAGAACUCCGACUACAAAAUGAAUGCAGUCGACAAAGAAAUUUUGAGAAAAGAAAAAGAGACGAUCGAAGAGCUCUUUGAGGAGAAGGAAAGGAAGGUGAGAGAGUUUGUGAUGCAACAAGAAGACUUGUUUGAAGAACAACGACGCGAAAUCAAGAAUCAAUUUUUGAUGUUGAAGAAACAAUGCGCGGUGAAGAGCGAAGUCCACUCCGCGUCAUGUCCGUCAUCUCCACUCCCACAGAAUAAUAUACCCGGACAAUGUCAUCACUGUUCUUCUUCGCAUCAAUGGAGUGGACGUAAUGAUGUCUUUCUCUUUGAUGAAGAAGAAGAAGAGAAUUGUGAAGGAAUGUCCUAUGUAGAGCAAGAGAAGGCAGACAACAGAGUCUUCAAACAUCUCAAUUUUGUAGCCAACUCGGUCCCGACUAAAAACGAUCAAGUCGAGGACGAGUAUUACUUCCCAGCAACUUUUAAGGACUUUGCCUUCGAAAAGACUAAAAAUGAAUCGGCUGAAAGAUUCUCAUUUGCGGCAAACACACUAAAAAGGACGCUGAUUUAG